UCUCUCCGCCAGCCUCAGGACGCAGGCGGCUGCCUUUUUUGGAACUGGCUCUUUCUUUGUGACUUUAAUAGCAGCCUAACCAGAGGAAUGAAGGGACUUCCACCUGCUCAGCACCUUUCGAAUGCGCAUCGCCUGGGCCGCGACGAGAUCUGCACCGCCCAGCUGUUCGUCAUCCGCAUUCGCACACUGAGUCCUGUUCGUGAGAACUCUCCCCCACGCAGAUCCACGCAGCUACUUAUGAUGCAGGGAAGUCUCCAGGAGCAGGCUCAGGGGGCCCUGCAGCAGCAGGCAAACCAGCCUGGGAUGGCGGAGAAUGGGUUGGUACAGCGGGACAAAGUGCUGACGCUUGAGUCCAUGAACCCCUGGAUCAAGAAAGUGGAGUAUGCAGUGCGGGGGCCCAUUGUCAAGCGAGCCGUCGAACUGGAGAAGGAGCUUCAGAAGGGGGUGAAGAAACCUUUCACAGAGGUGAUUAGAGCCAAUAUUGGCGAUGCCCACGCCAUGGGGCAGAAGCCCAUCACUUUUCUGCGCCAGGUCUCUGCCCUCUGUAUGUACCCGGAGCUGUUGGACGACCCUAACUUUCCAGAGGAUGCUAAGCAGAAGGCCCGGAGGCUGUUGGAUGCGUGUGGGGGGCACAGCGUUGGUGCCUACAGUGCCAGCCCUGGAAUCGAACUCAUCCGCCAAGACGUGGCCAGCUUCAUCGAGCAUCGAGAUGGGGGCAUUCCAUCCAACCCAGACAACAUCUUCCUUUCCACAGGCGCCAGCGAUGCUAUUGUGACCAUCCUGAAGCUGCUGGUGUCAGGGGAGGGGCGCUCCCGCACUGGGGUGCUCAUCCCAAUCCCCCAGUACCCCCUGUACUCGGCAGCGCUGGCAGAACUGAAUGCUGUGCAGAUCAACUACUACCUGGACGAGGAGAAUUGCUGGGCCCUGAACGUGGGGGAGCUGCGGAGAGCGCUGCACGAAGCCCGGAAGCGCUGCCACCCGCGUGCCCUUUGCAUCAUCAACCCGGGAAACCCAACGGGGCAGGUCCAGAGCCGCAAAUGCAUCGAAGACGUCAUCCACUUUGCUUGGGAGGAGCAGCUCUUCCUCCUGGCUGACGAGGUUUAUCAAGACAACAUUUAUGCAGAAGGGUCCCAGUUCCACUCCUUCAAGAAAGUCCUCUUUGAGAUGGGACCCAAGUACUCGGGGGCGGUGGAGCUGGCCUCUUUCCACUCCAUCUCCAAGUGCUUCAUGGGCGAGUGUGGUUUUCGUGGCGGUUACAUGGAGGUGAUCAACAUGGACCCGGCCGUCCAGGAGCAGCUGACGAAGCUGGUCUCUGUGCGCUUGUGCCCGCCAGUGACCGGGCAGAUCCUCCUUGAUGCGGUGGUGAACCGGCCCCAGCCUGGAGACCCUUCCUACGAACGUUUCAACCAGGAAAAGCAGGCAGUGCUGAGCGCCCUAGCCGAGAAGGCCCGGCUCACAGAAGAGACCUUCCGCCAAGCCCCCGGGUUCCACUGCAAUCCAGUGCAGGGAGCCAUGUACGCCUUCCCCCGUAUCCAUCUACCUCCUCGGGCCGUGAAAGCUGCACAGGCACAAGGCCAGGCCCCAGACAUGUUUUUCUGCCGCCAGCUGCUAGAGGAGACGGGCAUCUGCAUUGUGCCGGGGAGCGGCUUUGGGCAAAAGGAGGGCACCUAUCACUUCAGAAUGACCAUUUUGCCACCCUUGGAGAAACUCCAGAUUCUGCUGCAGAAGAUGUGCCAGUUCCAUGUCAAGUUCAUCCAGGAGUAUUCCUAACCUGCAGACCUCCAGCACUGGGUGGUGGGAAAGGCGGUGGGUGCAGGGGAGAAGACGGGGUGGAGGGGAGACGGCCCCCUCUCCACAGUCCCCUUCCAGCGGCCCUCUCAUCCUGCCAUUGUCACACUCACCAAGGCCGAGCAAUAAAAGACGGUGGCAAGCAGA